AUGGGCAAGCUCACCGGCGCAGAGGUUGCCAGGCACAAUUCAGCAGCAUCUUGCUGGGUGGUGCUGCACGGCCAGGCAUACGACGUGACGGACUUUCUCCCAGAACACCCCGGCGGACAGCAGAUCAUCCUGAGAUACGCGGGCAAAGAUGCCACGGCCGAGUUCGAGCCCGUCCACCCGCCGGACACGCUGGACAAGUACCUCGACCGCUCGAAGCAUCUCGGGCCCGUCGACCUGGCGACGAUGGCGCAGGAAGCAAAGACAGUCGACCCGGAGGAGGAGCAGCGCCUCGAGAGAGUCAGGACGAUGCCGUCGCUCGACCAGUGCUACAACCUGAUGGACUUUGAGGCCGUCGCCCGCCGCGUCAUGAAGAAGACCGCCUGGGGCUACUACUCCUCCGGCUGCGAAGACGAGAUGACGAUGAGGGAGAACCAUACGGCAUUCCACAAGAUCUGGUUCCGGCCGCGCAUCCUCGUCGACGUCGAGCAGGUCUGCACGCGGACGACGAUGCUGGGGACGCCCGUCUCGGUCCCCUUCUACGUCACGGCGACGGCCCUGGGCAAGCUCGGCCACCCAGACGGCGAGGUCUGCCUCACCCGCGCCGCUGCGACUCACGACGUCGUCCAGAUGAUCCCGACGCUCGCCUCUUGCUCCUUCGACGAGAUCGUGGACGCAAAGACGGACAGCCAGACCCAGUGGCUGCAGCUCUACGUCAACAAGGACCGCGCCAUCACCCGCCGCAUCGUCGAGCACGCAGAGGCCCGCGGCUGCAGGGGGCUCUUCAUCACCGUCGACGCGCCCCAGCUCGGCCGCAGGGAGAAGGACAUGCGCUCCAAGUUCGCCGAACAGGGUUCCAGCGUCCAGGCCACGGCCACCGCUACGAGCACCGUCGACCGCUCUCAGGGGGCGGCCCGCGCCAUCUCGUCCUUCAUCGACCCCAGCCUGACCUGGAAGGACCUGCCCUACUUCCGCUCCCUCACCAGGAUGCCCAUCGCCCUCAAGGGGGUGCAGCGUGUAGACGACGUCCUGCGCGCCGUGGAGGCCGGCAUCGACGCCGUCGUCCUCUCCAACCACGGCGGGCGGCAGCUCGAGUACGCCCCCUCGGCCAUCGAGCUGCUCGCAGACGUCAUGCCCGCCCUGCGUGCCCGCGGCUGGGACCGCAAGAUAGAGGUCUACAUCGACGGCGGCGUCAGACGGGCCACAGACAUCCUCAAGGCCGUCUGUCUCGGCGCAAAGGGCGUCGGCAUCGGGCGGCCGUUCCUCUAUGCCAUGAGCGCCUACGGCACCGCGGGCGUCGAGAAGGCCAUGCAGCUGCUCAAGGACGAGAUGGAGAUGAACAUGCGUCUGCUGGGCUGCACCAGCAUCGACCAGCUGGGGCCCGACCUGCUCGACACCAGGGGGCUCUCCGUACAUACUGUCUCGGGGCCCAUCGACAACCUCUCCCGCGACGUUUACGACCCGAUGACCCUGCCUGUUUCAAAGCUAUAA